AUAAAAGCAGCAAGUGAAAUUCAUGCAGGUUAUCACUGGGAUGGCAAUCCAGAUUCAAGACUCUAGAUGUUAUCCAAAGACUGGGAACAAAAAUGAGAAUCAGUAAUGUUGCUCUAUAGCAGAUCAGUAAUGGAAGUCUUGUAUGGUUAUGGGAUAAGCAGCACAUUAUUCCUGCAGAAGCAUUUUGGGCACGCUCAAAGCUGGUUUACCUUUGUGUCAACAAUAGCAGACCUGCGGACAACAUUUUUAAUUUUUUUCCCCAUUUGGUUCCACCUACAAUCAGCAGUAGGAGUCAAGCUAGUCUGGGUUGCUGUUGUUGGAGACUGGCUCAACUUAGUCCUUAAGUGGCUCAUGUUUGGCGAGAGACCUUACUGGUGGGUGAGAGAAACUGUUUAUUAUGGCAACUUGACUGUACCACAAAUUAAACAGUUCCCUAUGACCUGUGAGACUGGCCCUGGAAGCCCCUCGGGACAUGCAAUGGGCGCUGCAGGGGUUUACUAUGCCAUGGUCACGUCACUGCUGCUGAAUUUGAAGGAAUGUGACCCUCUGAAAAGAUGGUGCUUGCAGGGUCUUCUUUGGGCUGUUUUCUGGAGUGUACAGGUGUGUGUCAGUCUUUCUCGAGUCUUCAUUGCUGCUCAUUUCCCACAUCAGGUCAUUGCUGGAGUUUUUUCAGGCAUUGCAGUGGCCAAAGCUUUCAACAGAGUGUCCUGGAUCUACUCAGCCAGCUUGAAGGGUUACGUGCACACCAUCCUCUGCCUGGUGCUUGUUGCACUGGGGCUUUAUGCGCUGUUGGACGCUGCUUCAAUUGACCCCUACUGGAGCCUAAUGAAGGCACAGAAAUGGUGCAUUCAAUCUGAAUGGGUCCAUCUAGACACCACACCCUUCGCCGGCCUCCUUCGCAACACAGGGGCCCUGUUCGGCCUGGGACUGAGCCUCCAUUUGCCUACUCAUGGUGAUUUGCAAAAAAAUAAGAGCUGUGGAAACAGCGCCUUUUACAGACUGACCUGUACAGCUGCAACCCUGCCCCUGCUGAGCCUCUUAGACUCGUUCAGACCACCCACCAGCACUCAUGCUCUCUUCUACACGCUGUCUUUCUGUAAGAGCGCCACCGUGCCUCUUACCACAGUCAGUUUUGUCCCUCACUGCAUAAGCACACUAGCAAAUGCGUACCGCAGGAUGAAAGCACAUUAAACUCUGAGUUGAUAAAAGUGAUAAAAACUCAAUCUGAUCAUGUGUUUAUGCAAAUUAAGCAUGCACCUAUGUAUUUAAUGUAUGUUUAUUUAUAUGUGUUUUCAAUUUCAUGUGUUCAUUUAAUAGAGCACAGAUAUC